AUGUCCGAUCUGCUUCCUUACUCAGCGCAUGUCCCACGUGCAAAUCUUUCCACGAAAGACUUUGUCUUUGAGAUAACCCAUGAAACUGACCUUACUACGGAUACUGCUUCGGAUUCGGAAAGUUGUAGUGAGGUGCUGGACCUUACGGGCCAGUCGUGUCUUCAAGAGAUCAGCCCGUACUUUGACGUGAAGCGCACGGUAUAUGGCGGUAGAGGAUGUUUUGCUUCUGGGUUUAUACCGAAAGGUACGGAGAUUCUUACAAGUGAACGCCCAGUGGGAAAUUCUGUUGCUAAGGAUUUCAAGAAAGAGGUUUGCUCGUGGUGUUUUGCUUACCAUAACGGGAAAACUAUGAAACAUAGGUUGCAAAAUAAAAUCUACUUCUGUUCUGAGGCGUGUCUUUCGGAAUUCCAGAAUUAUGAUAACGAUGGUAUGCUUACGAAGACACUUAUAUCGUUUGAUAACAACUUCACCAAAAACGAGUGUCUGGUUGACGAAUGUGACGUUCCAGAAGAUACCGAGGACCCUCAGGCUGUCAUUGCCCUGAUAUGGGAAGAGGUGGAGCAGUGGGACCUAAAAAUCUCUAAAAUGAAACCUACAAAAAGAGCCCGUUUCAUUCCAAAACUCACUAAAGACGAUUACGCAGAAGCAAGAUAUGUCAUUUCAACAGUCCACAGCAUGUACCAAGGCGAGGACGGUCCCUUGGCCACCGAGCUAAGUCUCUUCGACACCUUGGAAUCAAGUGAGCCACAAAAGGUUCAAAAAUACCCUUAUCUCACGAUAUCAUACAGCAACAUAUUCAAGUUCCUUCGUCUUACAUGUCCAGAUGCUUUCCAAAAGUUUAUCACCCCACAGAGCGUCCGUAACAUUAUAGGUCGAAAUCUCACUAACGCAUUUGGCAUUUGGUCGCCAACUACAUCAGAGGACGAAGAGCGGGAGUAUCUCGGUUUUGGAGUCUACCCGUCAGCCUCUUUCUUCAACCAUGCUUGUUGUUUCAAUGUGAAGAAGCACAGAGAUGGAAGCAAGUACACCUUUACAACCACAGAAGAUGUCCCAGCAGGUAGCGAAUUAUGCAUCAGUUAUGGUAUCUCUGGUGAUGAGGAUUUGGAAAGUAGAGAAGCCACUUUGGCAGAAUGGUUCUUCCAGUGCGGUUGUGCCAAGUGUACUACAGAAAGAAAGUAA